UCACAACCUAAAGUCGGCAAGAUGGCGCCGAGGCAGGGCGACGUAGCAAGAGCUCUCUUAUGUGCUGUCUGUUUUAUGUUUGUUUUUGUCUUUGAUGCACAUGCCACUUUAAGCUAUGGCCGCCAGACACUUCUGAGGAUUCGUGUGGAAGUUUGUGGAGUAUCAUUUGUCAAUACUGAUCUGAAGUGUGCUGAUUUCGAUGCGUGCCCCACUCGAGGCAAGCGAGGCCAGGAGUUGGGUCGCGGAGGUCGUGAGCAGAGCGAAGGGACUGGGCGGAGGUAUCGCUACAUACGCCGUACAUCGAAGCCCCUGAGCGUGGACGCUACAGGCCAUCAGCGGCAGAGGCGCAGACACCGAGGGAAGCGAGGGGGGGGUGUUGCUUGUGAAGCUGCAGCCGCCAGUCAAGGAUCCCGCUGCCGUCCAUCUACCUGGCGAAUGUCCAGUCUUUGCCGAACAAGACGGACGACCUGCUGAGCCGCAUUAAGUCCCAGCGCGAGGCCCGGGACUGCUCCGUGUUUUGUCUGACAGAGACGUGGCUACACAGCGGCGUGCCGGAUUUUUCUUUCCAGCCGCCGGGUUUCUCUGUCCACCGCUCGGACAGGGUGAAGGAGCGCACCGGGAAAACAAACGGUGGAGUGUGUGGCGACAUUCAUGGGCAAUUCUUUGAUCUUAUGAAGCUGUUUGAAGUGGGAGGAUCACCAGCCACAACACGGUACCUGUUCCUUGGGGACUACGUUGACCGCGGCUACUUCAGUAUUGAGUGUGUUUUAUACCUCUGGUCGCUGAAAAUCCUCUAUCCAAAGACACUAUUUUUACUUCGUGGAAAUCAUGAAUGUAGACAUUUGACAGAAUAUUUCACCUUCAAACAAGAAUGUAAAAUCAAGUACUCGGAGCAGGUGUAUGACUCAUGUAUGGAUGCAUUUGACUGCCUUCCCCUGGCUGCACUCAUGAACCAACAGUUUCUGUGUGUCCAUGGUGGACUCUCACCUGAAAUUCACACCUUAGAAGACAUAAAAAAGUUGGAUCGGUUCAAGGAGCCGCCGGCUUUUGGGCCCAUGUGUGACCUGUUGUGGGCUGAUCCUCUGGAGGAUUUUGGCAAUGAGAAAACCCAGGAAUAUUUCAGCCACAACACAGUGCGAGGCUGCUCCUACUUCUACAGUUAUCCAGCUGUAUGUGAGUUCCUACAGAGCAAUAACCUAUUAUCAAUUAUCCGAGCGCAUGAAGCACAAGAUGCAGGCUACCGGAUGUACCGUAAAAGUCAGACCACUGGAUUCCCAUCCCUCAUUACCAUCUUCUCAGCACCAAACUACCUGGAUGUUUACAACAACAAAGCUGCUGUACUAAAAUAUGAAAACAAUGUCAUGAACAUCCGACAGUUCAACUGCUCACCCCAUCCCUACUGGCUCCCCAACUUCAUGGAUGUCUUCACCUGGUCUCUGCCAUUUGUUGGAGAGAAAGUCACAGAAAUGCUGGUGAAUGUGCUGAGCAUCUGCUCUGAUGAUGAACUCAUGAAUGAUGAAGAUGAGAUCUUUGAUGCCAAUGCAGCUGCAGCACGCAAGGAGGUGAUCAAAAACAAGAUCCGUGCUAUUGGGAAAAUGGCCAAAAUGUUCUCAGUUCUCAGAGAGGAGAGUGAAAAUGUGUUGACGCUUAAGGGCCUGACGCCCACUGGCAUGCUGCCAAGCGGGGUUCUCUCUGGAGGCAGACAGACACUGCAGAGUGCCACCAUUGAAGCCAUUGAAGCCAUCGAGCCACAAGAUGAGGAUGGAGAAGCUAUCCGUGGCUUCUCCCCCCAGCACAAGAUCACCAGCUUUGAGGAAGCUAAGGGCCUUGACCGCAUCAACGAGCGCAUGCCACCUCGCAGGGACGGGGUGAACCAUGUGGGUCACUCCAUGGGAAAGAUGAAUAUGUCAGAGGCAAACGGCACGGAUGACAACAGCAACAUCCAGUGAUGUGCUGUCUGAGCCUCGGAACCAUGCCGCUGUUGCGCUGUGCAGCAAGACAUUGCCAAAUCGGGAAUUCAGGCCUCCGAACAUAGAAAUAAACCAGGCCCACAGACAGAACAUGAAAUCUUUUUUUUCAUGACAGUGUGUCAUCGAACAGUUGGGGGAGGGGGAGCUGGGGUUUACACCAGAGGGCGGGGUAUAAGAAAAGUCCAGAAGGCUGCAGCUUGACUGAAAAGGGUGGUUGAAAGUUGUUUCUGACUGUUGUUCCCCUUUCUCAGUUCAAUUACAGACUGAAUGGUUGGCGGCUGUGUUGUUCUGAGUGCUGACAAAAGCCUGCUCCUUCAUUAGGGCCUGAUAGAAGACAUAAUUGCAGUAUCCAUGCCACACAAAUCAUUUUACUGUUUCAUGAAGUGUUUAUUACGAAUCACUCUCAAAUUCACUUCAUGAGAAAACAAAUCUUGUUUAACUACAUGUUUUGCUAGUAUUAACAAGUCACACCACUUUGUGAGAAAUGAAGCAAAAAGACAGGACGUUUAAUGUGCACCUCUUAAAACUUGCAGUGCAAUCUUACCACUGGACUUAAAUUUAUUGAUUGACGUUGUAGCGAGAUGCCAUUGUGCUGCGAGGGAAAGAGGACAAGGUGCUCGCCUGUGCUCACAACUCUGGCCUAACCACAAAAGCCACUGCAGUCUGAGAUCAAACUCCACCUCAGUACUCUCCAGGACUGCUCCUUUCCUCACCCCCCUUAUUAUCAGUCAUCUCCUAGCAAGAAGUAACUUGGAGGGGAUGAGGGAAUAAAGGGAGGGGAUGAAAAGAGCAUUUGGAAAAUUUGGUCGGCACCUCAACAUCGCGGAUUAAAUACCAAGAUUUAACAUCUGAAAAUGUCCCCAAAAGGAGCUCACUAUCACAUAUGAAGAUGCAACUUCAUCACUGUCUCUGAGUGAAUCUCAAGAGGUUAUAUUUUUAUCCAGACCAUUCUAACAAAUAUUUUCUUCUCUCCAUUAAAUGUUUAAGUAGUUCACAUCAGAGAAGCAUUUGAGCAAGCUAUACCUCACACAUCAUGCAAUUCACUUUCUGGAAAGUUUAUGCUUGAGCAUCCUCCUCAGGCUUCGGAUCAGGGUUUCCUCAUCUCUCCUGCAUUACUAUGACUGGCAACAAAGCGGCAUUAACACCAGUUUCUGGACCACAGAGGAAAAGAGAAGAAGUGAUUUUGAACUUUGGGACAUGCCCUGCGGUCACACACUACCUGAUUAUUUCUCACCUGCCUGCUGAAAGAUGAAAGUAAAACUAUGUGCAAGUCUCUCAAGUAUACAUUAGGGCCCUUUGAGUUUUUUUUUUCUUGCUGUGUUGCAAAUUCAAUGAGAUUUCAUGCCUAAGAGCUACACAAACUACUAUAUCUGAGUGCGAAGGAAAUUCUACAAAUUUGUGAAUGCAUACAAUUGAAAUAUAUUUUGUUUAAAGAGUAUAAAAACCACCAUUGUGUCAUCUAGAGAAUUUAGGCUUUGAUCCAUGCUGAAUACCAUGCUUAUUUAUUUACAGAAUCCGGACCAGGACUGAGUGAAUGAAUGCUACUUCAAACGUGAUUUCUUUUUCACUAAAAUUAAGGUGAAAUAGGUGAAAUCAAAGUUAUGAGAAGUACUUCCUUCAUGAAAACCAAGCUCAGUGUAGACCAGGAAUUUCGUCCAUAAUAUCAUUUCUUGGUUUUCUAUCAAAUUUUCUAAUCUAAUCUAAUUUUACUGUGUGAGUGUAGUGUAUAAAUAGGACGAGAAAAGCUCCACUGACAAGUGCAUGCACACUGUGAUCCAAAUAAAACAUAAAUUCCCCUGUCCAAAUAUUGUGUCAAAAUUUUAUGAAAAAUCCAUUUGUAUCCUAAAAUGCCAUGUUGAAUUGAAGAGAAAAGAAAAGAAAUAUAAACAGAACACAUGCUGGUCCUUUCAAAAUAUCUAAUUUUGGAAAGCUAAUACAAGUGAAGCCCCAACCUAACAUGCGACACACAUAACAUGAAUUUCCUUUAAGACAUUCAUAUUUUUUCUACUUUAUACUUCAUCUUUCUAUUAAUGAUAAAGAUAUGUGGAUGACGGAUGGACAAGAAGUGAUUUUUAACACAGCAUCUAUGGUACGGAACGCAUCAAUGCAUGCAAUUAAGUUCCUAAUUGUUAUGUGAGAUUAUAAUUGUGAUAGUUGUGUUUCAAAUAGUAAACUUGAAUUAUUUUAUUUUUGAAUUAUAUUUGUAGUUUUAUUUGUCUUGUUUUAUAAAUUUUAUAAAUAGGCUUCCUUUGAUUGUUUUUGUUCUUUUUUUUUCAUUUUGUUAUUUAUUACCACUGCUUUUAAUUUUAUAUUGAUUUCUUGUAUACAGAGAUGCACUUCUAAGGUGUGAAGCCUUGUGUUUAUUUAUUUUUUUGGUUGUACUGAUGUACAGAAAAUGUUCAAUAGUGUGAAUGAAUAUAAUCUCAGUGAAAAGCAACUUUCAGGCUGCCAAAGCAUGAUAGCAUGGUUUUCAGAUGUAAAUGAAUUGGACACAAAGAAAAUCAUGUGUUGCACUUAUGUUUAACAGGAAACAUUGUACUCUGGUUAUAUUUACUGCUGAUAUUAUUAUUGUUACAAUUUCGCUUAUGGUUAUUUUCCUUCCUCUGUUUCUGGUUCUUGUAUGGUCUACAUGCAUAUUUCAACAAACAAAUAUAAUGGAUUUUAUCUUGCAACAUUUUUUAUUAUCUAUGGAAAUAUGUUUUCGCAUUUGACUUCCUAAAUGAUAGACACAUUGUAAGCAUGCCCUAUGGGACAAAUCACAUUUUUUUUACUCUUGAAUAAAAUAUGCAUGA